GACCUGACCUCGUUUCCGACCACAACGGCAUAGCCUUAAAUAGCGAAAUCGCCUGAUCUAUCGAUGCCGCUAUGGAAGUGACUUCACGAAGAUCUUCUCUUCCUCUACUGCUACGAUGGACGCGCUUACUAAUCCACUCAAAGCUCAGCGAAGUUCGGUAAAGAUGAUUUACCUGAGUCGCUAUAUAACGUUGCACUCAAUGCAGUGCUGAUCAUCUCUGUCGCUCGGAUAUGGCUACACCUCGACCUGCCAGCUUUGACUAUACACUGCAAUCCCGAGGAAAGGAGGCGCAGAUGAAGCUCAUAGGACUGUCGAUACAGUCGCUUCUCUUCGGCACGUAUCUUACUCUCGCUCUGGCCAUGUUCUACCUCCUUCGCCAUCGUCGUGCUGGAUGGGCAAGUACAAGCACAGCCCGACACUCUACCAAGGGUCGGCUUCUUGUUGGAUUGUGUAUACUUACCACCACAUUGACCGGUCAUUGGAUCAGCCUUGUUAUCCGAUCCUUCCAAGCAUUCAUAUACUGGCACGGCGCGCAGCAGGCAUCCAUGUACUACGUGGAAUCUGCAGGCUCCAUCGGGAUCGUGAGGUUCGCCUUUCAUGGGGCAAACGGCCUCAUCUCGGAUGCCUUCGUAAUAUCCCGGUUCUUCAUCAUCUGGGACUACAGCAAACCAGUGGUCGUUUUCCCCCUCGUCUGCCUCGCGGGGUUCUCUGUCACAGCCAUUGGAACUACGUAUGCGUAUGGCGUGUUCGAUCCCUCGAUCCCUGAGACCCUUACGUCCCUACAUCACUGGAGGCUUGCGCGAGCCGUCCCUUCGCUAAGUAUCAAUUUCUAUUGCACCGCGCUGGUAGUCUGGAGACUGGCUCAUAUCCGGCGGCAAACCAUGGACCAUGGUAUCAGCCAGUCAAUCAAGACCGCUCUCAUCAUCGUAGUCGAAAGCGCCGCCUUAAAUACUACGGUCAUCUUGCUCUCCCAGAUCAUGUACGACGUCGACAACGUUUCGACUUAUUUCCUUACGGACUGCGUUCCGUACAUAUCCGCACUCACGGCGAUUCUCAUACAUGCACGCGCGGUGAUAUCCAACGCCACAGGUGCCAACAUAACAGGACGCGAGCUACAGGACGGAAGUUCGGACACUCGACCUGCAGGUGUGUGGAGGAGCGGCAAUGUCAAGGGAAGCGGCGGCGGAGCUGGCAGCACAGAGGACCACGAAAAUCGCCCCAGCACUGUGACGAAAUUCGCCGAGUCAUCCAUGAAGUCGACCCUGGAAAUGACGGAAGUGACACGAGAUUAGGGUACGAUAGCCGCCUUCUUGCCUCAAUACAUACAAUACGAUCAGGGUAUUCGGCUGAAUAGACG